AUGUGGGAACCCAAGACAGGUCCUGCUCAGCAGCAGCCCCUCAGGAGGAGCUGGAACAAGCCUUGGAAGAAGCCGAAGCAGGAUGAGCAGACACCGGCGGAACCCACACGCGGCACCCUGAACCGAACGCUGGCAGCGAUCCAGCAGAGCGUGCCACAGCCUGCAGCAGUGGAUGCUGAGUCAGCAGGCACACCCCGCAGAGGUGUGAUGGAAGCACUGACUCCUCGGCGUGGCUCGGGCGAAUCGACGCCGCGCGGCAAGGCAGCGCUCAGCAGCCCCUUCCUGAAGCAGGUGCAGGAGCUCUUCAGCGGCGGCCUGCGGAGGUCAGGCGGCAGCAACCUCGGCCCCUCUACAGCCGCAGCCGAGCCAGGAGAGGCCAGCUGCAACAACUUCUCUCCCCUGGGAGGCGGCCUGCCUACAGACAAGCCCACAACAGGCAGCGCAGAGCCAACCACUGCGGACAUGCCAGCUGGAGCCAACGAGGAGAAAGCAGUGAACCCCGGCAGCAGGCUGUUUGCAUCUCAGCUGGCCACUGAGGCUGCCGGCAGCACGGCGCAGCGCAAGGGGCGAUUCUCCCUCUCACGAAGGAAAUCCAAGUCGCCCUCCCCAGCCUCCCCACAGCCGCGGACUCCCACAAAGGGCCCACAGUCCCCCGGCCUGCCCACAGAGGGCAUCCUCGCCAGCUCAGCGGCCGCCACCGCGAUGACUCUGGGUGCGCAGGACGUCUCGCACCAGCGCAAGAAGGUGCUGCUGCGCUCCCCAAAGCGCAGCACGGCCGGCGCGGCCGCCGCGCAGCGCUCGGGGGAAAUGUUGCAGCCGCAGCCGCCCACCCCGGAGGCCGUCGCGUCACCUGCGCAGCCGUCCCCCACGCUGGUGUCCAUCCAGAAGCUGGUCGCCAGGCAGGCGGCAUCUGUUGGCGCGCUGCAUGACACCGGCAAGGCGCAGGCCGUGGCCGACAGCCUGGAUUACACUGCUGGAUCCUACGAACAAUCAGGUGAGGAUGCUGGAGGCAGCAGCCACACAAUGGCCAGCAAGGACACAGAGGAGGGGCCGCAGGAUGACGUCCCGAUGCCGCUGCAGUUGCCUGACAGCCCGCAAGCCGGCGCGCAUCACAGGGCCAGCCGCAAGCUGGCCUCAGAGGACGCCCUGCAGGUCACCAGUCCCAUCCGCGAGAAGACAGACUUCGAGGACAUCCUGGCGCAGCAUGCAUGCAGCGCAGAUGAGACAUUUGCCGCUCCAAAAGCAGCCAACACAGAGAGCUCCCCGCCGGAUGUGCCAGCCGCUGGAUCAGUCAAGCCAGACGCACGUGAGGAUGAUGUUGAGUCGCCCGGAGGAGAGCUGGCAGGAGCAGAUGAGAGCGAGCUGCCCUCAGAGACAUCAGAGACGAGUGCCCUCGGCGGCUGUGACUCGGCGGCAGCAGAGUCUGGUGCCUUAGCUUCAAGCGCAGAUGUGCUAGACAGCAGGUUGGAUCUGGUGGAAGCUGACCAGCUGGAUGGCGCAAUUGUGGAUGAGGCAAAGGACACCUCUGGGCCAGAGGCACCUGCAGCCCAGGCGCAGCAGGUGGCAGAGACCUGCGGUUCCCCUGACACACAGGAAUUUGCAGUUGCCGCAGACUCAAGCACGCCAGUCCCAGAGAAGGCUGCAGAGGAGACAGCAGGCAACGCUGGCAAGGAGGAUCAGCAUGUCUCUCUCAGCCCUGAGGCCGUGGCACCACUGGGAGAGGGCCUGAACGAUGAUGCAGACCCCGCAGCAGAACAGAAGGCUGAGUUUGCUCUUCCAGAGGAGCGUAAGAUCUCAGCUGGCGCUCAGGAGCAGCUGAGAGUCACAGUGCCAGAGGCAAGGGUCCGCUGCAGCAGCCCCUUCUAUGGGCCAGAAAGCCCAGCCAGGGAGCUGGACAGUCUCGACAGCCCGCUGCUGCAGGCCACCCUGGAGGAGCCCAGCCCCACGCACAUCAGCCUGCAGGCCCAGUCUGAGGCCUUCGCAGACACCCCCACCAGUGCAGCCAAGAAUCUCCCAUCUCUUGCCGCCGCAGAGGGUGCACAGACGCCGCAGGUUGCAAAGCUGGACUCAUCAGUCAGCAGCAGCCCACUGGCCCAUGCAUCCUUCCCAGCGCUGACUCUGGAGGCCGUCAAAUCCCCCGACGCCGUGGCAGGCGGCGCAAAUGAAUUGAGCCUUGCAGCGGCGGACGCCAGUGAGGACAGCGACAGUCAGCAGACCCCAGUAGCCGCCGCGUCGCCGGCUGUGCUGACGGUGGACGUCCACAUCAGCGCUGACACAAGUGCUGGGGCAUUGGAUCCGGAGCCGUCGCCCGGAGCGGAGCGGCUGGUGUCUGAGCGCAGCCUGGACGAGGCCGAGUUUGUGCUGCUGCAGGAAGUCAUGUCCAAGCCGCUCGACCCCGCCGAUCAGGUGAAGAUCCAUGCCUUCUGGGAACGCGUGCAGGCCAUCGCCGAUGAGUUGUUUCAGGAGAUGCAGCACAAGCAGGAGGCUGGAGCCGCGGUGUUGGGCGGCGACUCGCCCCACUUCUCUCUGAUCAAGGAUUCUUCGUCAGAGACCGCUUCCGAAGUCAGCAGUGUCACCGCCAAAGAGACACUGGACGACACGGUCCUGACCGCCCGGCCUCCUGUUCCGGUGCUGCAGCCAUCGCCAGAGCUUCGGCGCCUCACAGAGACCCCUCCCAAGUCGCCCCGGCCGGCGGCGCAGUCACCAGGAGUGAGGAGCCCUUCGCUGCCAGUGCAGAGGCGUUCCCUGUCGCCAGUGAGCCGCCGGUCGCUGGCGACGCCGCCGCGGCCCGGCUCGGCCAAGUCCGCCGGCAGCUCGGCAGCUUCCGGGGAGCUGGACAGCCCCCUGGAGGAAGCUGUGGACGAGCUCAUCUCCCACAUCUGCGACAUUGAGCAAAUGGAGGUCCCAGUGUCCACCGCCAAGAAGGUUGCAGGACCGUCCAAGGAACAGCGCGCAGCCGACGUCGCGCCUGUCCGGCUGGACAUGGACGGGCAGGAUCCUGCACCGGAUGCCGCGCACACAGACGCUCUGGCAGAGGCUCUGGCGGUGCAGCAGGCUGAUGACAAGCCGCAGGAGGCCCCUCAGCGGGAGGGCAGUGCCGCGGCGACAGAACCGCCGCCAGAAACACCGGCGAGCACGGCAGCGGUGAGUGGAGAACUUGCGAGCCCAGCCGUCAUUGUGGAAGCAGCCGUGGUUGUGGAGGCGGCCGCAGAGGAUACCCUGGAAGCUGCACAAGAGGAGACGCCCGACACCAGCGCAGACUUUGCUGCCGUCGAGGGGGAGGCUGAGGACCCUGCACCAGUGGGUGCCAACGUUUUGGCAUCACCGGAGCCGGCAGCUCUGGAGCGUAGUGCACCCGCGCAGCAGACGCCCGUCCCGUGGCGAUCCACGUCCAAGUCGCUGUCUCCAUCGCCGCGCCGGCGCCCAUCACCUCUGCAGACAGCGUUGGCCGCCAACGAUGAGAACGCUGCACCGGCGUCGCCUGCGAUCAGCGUGCACUCGCUGCCUCGCUCCCCGAGCCCUGCUGCGCGCUCUCCAGGCACCAAGCCGGCCACGCCCAAGUCGGCCGGCGUGCUGCGCACCCCCCUCUCUCCCCACGGCAACGCCCAGCCGCUUGUCUAUGAGCCUGCUGCCGCCACAGAAGCCCUCUCUCCGACACAGACUGGCUCUGCAACAGAGGUAAUCGCCAGCGUGGAUGCGCCGGAGGAGGCCCAAGAAGUAGCAGCCGAGGUGACCACCGAAGGCAAUUGGCAGGCCAGCCCAGCAGCAGGACCAGAGGCAGAAGCCGCCCUCGCAGCCGCCAAGCAGCUGCCAGACACUCCAGCUACACAUGCCGCGGUCCCAGCAGAAGAGUUAUCCCCACCAGCAACCGAGGUGCAGCCGCCCGCAACAGAGCCGGUCAACGCAGCGCCUCAGCGUGGGCCGGACAUGGAAACACCGGUCAGGGGCCUGCGCACGCUGCAGAUGGAGCCGCGCAAUUAUGCGGAUGACGACCUGUUGACGCCGGCGUCUGUGGUGCCCUUCCCGGGCUUUGGGGACCACACCGCCGGUGGGAUGAGCGCGGAGGAGGCAACGCCGUCGACCGCCCCGCGCGUUGCCGACCCCGCCCCCUUCCUCAGCAACAACAACGUGGUCUUCAGCCCUGAUACACCCGCUGAGGCCCUCUCUGAGGCAAGUGCUUCGCUGGCCAGCGAGAGGCCCAACCUGCGCAUCCGCACCAGUGAGAGCAAGGGCCAGGAUGGGCAGCGCACGCCCCUGGAGACCAAAUUCAACCUCGAGGACUUCUCACCCCCGGCAACUCGACGCAUCAGCACAGGGUUCACGCCUCCCCUGCAUCCCUCGUCUGCAAGGUCGGCAGCGUCAGUCCUGGAAUCCUCGCCGCAACUUCAGCCCAGCUCCGGGCCCUCCAAGCCUUCCCCUGCCACCCUGGCGCAGCCAAGUCCACCACUGCAGCACCAGCCCUGCAGCCAGCUCACUCCUGUGGCAGCGGCUGCCGGCCCCUUGGCUGACAUGAGCACUCCACAGUGUGCAGAGGCAGAUGGGGAUGCCGGCAACCCAGACAGCCCGGCAUUUGAUGACUCGUUCGCUCUGGAGGCGCAGCUCGUUCUGGGCGGCCUCAUCACGCCUGCCACUGCUCUUAGGCCCAAUGCUGCUCCGUACAUCGCCAACCCUCCUGAGGUGGACCAAGCAGUAUCCGCCUUUGCGCCGAUGUCCAACGGCCAGAGGGCGUGUGAAAUGGUGGAGGAAGCUGCUGCAGAGGCUGGCCUGCUGGGCACUGACACCCAGCGCCUUGUGAAUGUGCUGAAGCCAGUGCUGGAGGGCAUGCUGGAGGAUCUGGAGCAGCAGCAGCACAUCCUGGAGGAACAGGACAAGUCUGAGCAGCUUCUGAGGGGUGAGUUUGAGGCCAUGGCUAAGGAACAGGAAGAGCUGCAACUGAUGCUGCAGAAGGCCGAGGCAGACAAGAAGGAGGUGCAGGAGCACCAUGCGCUGACGGAGCAGCAGUUCAAGAUCCUUUACCGCAGCAAGUACCUGCCGCUGAAGGAGGAGCACGACCGCUGCAGCAGCGAGAUGGCGCGCCUGCGUGACAGCCGCGCCGCCGCCCUGGAAGCCAACGAGAAGUGGCGCGCCCAGGCAUGUUUCUGCUGCCCCCUUCUGGCCUUGUCUUGCAAGGCCUAUUUUGGCAGUCAGACCAGUUUGCAGUUGGUUGAAGUGGCCACGGCGCAGCUGCAGGUGCGCAAGGCUGACCUGGACGCUGACAACGCCGCCCACAAGAUCGAGCAGCUCCUGGACGAGCUGCAGAGCUGCAGGGCGGAGGCCGAGCAUGCGGCCGAUGCGCUGGCGGCUGCAGAGGCAGAGGCGCUGAGGGCGUCGCGCAAGAACAUCGCUCUUGAAGCGCAGCUGCAGGAGCUGCAGGCCGAGCGCGAGGCGCUCAAGGCGACCGCGGAGGAUGCCGAGACCAAGGUGUCCGCCGCGCAGGUCGCCCGCGAUCGCGCCACCAAAGAGGUGUACACGAAGGACGAGGAGGCGGAGGAGCUGCGGCGGCGGCUGCGCACGUUCAAGGCCGAGAACGACAAGUUUGCCGGCGUCAGGGCACAGCUGCGCGCAGAGCAAGCGACGCUGCAGGAGCAGCUGGCCGAGGAAAAACGCGAGAGCCACAAGCUGCGCAAGCUCUGCGACGGCCUCAUGACCGACCUCGAGCAGGCCCGCCAGAAGUGA